AAUGGGUGGACGAACCGGGAACGCAGGGAUGCAGGCGAAAUCCAACAUGUCAUCUAUGAAAGGCCAACUUGGAUUGCGGAGCAGUGCCUUGGCCCCAACCUCUGCCAAGUUGACGACUCAAUACCUUGUUCUGGACCAUAUGAACAAUCAUUACAGCAAAAUUGUCAAUGCCAAAUCUGCCAUUGAUAACCGCCCACCAAAGGUCUUGUCAACUAGCCAGAAAGCUCGUGACAGGAAGACCCGUGAGUAUGUGAAGAAGACUGGUGUACGUCCCAGUUCCAGUAUGAAUAUCCGUCCUACUUCCAGAAAUAUUUACUAUGAUGACAUGGAUGGAAUGGAUGAUCAUGCUGCUCUGAAUGACUUUGAUCCUGAAGACGACGAUGAUCGCUUGGUGUUGGACAUUAUGAAAACAACUCUUAAAUCCAACAGACAAGACAAGGUAGAAAGUACUGAGGCUACAUAUGGUGGUUCACAAUCAUAUGAUGCUUAUAAUGGACAAAGUGAAGGUCAGGUUCAAGGUCACAACUACCGCAGCCAAGGCCACAGCUAUCAACGUCCUGAUCCUCAAGGCUAUCAAUAUCAGACUUAUUCACAUCAGCAAGUCAACAGAUCAGGUUACCCCAAAAGACCCUCAUCUGCUAGAUCUGUAAGAUCAGCCACUAGUGGUGUGUCAAGAUCUGCUCUGCCUCAUGGUGCAACACAUAACAGAAAGGUUGAGGAUGGAGAUAUUCUUGCCACAAGGAAACACGUUUUUACUGAACCAGAGAAACCGUUCACACCAAGAACUUUGAAGUCAACAAGGACAUCAAAACUCAGCCAAACAAAAUUUUACACAGCUCCCCCACAGAAGAGAAAAGAUCCAACAGAAGAGAAACACAGUGACAAACAUUUAGAGGAAAGUGUGGAGAAACCAAAGCCUAAACCACGGAGGGCAAAAUCACCAAUGAAUAGGACAGAAACACCUUUAACAGAAACCAGCCUGAUGUAUGAAACUUUACAAAGUAGGGAUUUCUCAAAGUUUGACAAAGAUAAGAUGGUUCCAACACUGGACAUCUCUAUGGACAAAGACCAUCUCAAUUGGAUUAAAGAACAGGCCUCCAAAGCAGAGAUCCGUGCUAAAAGCUCAAAGCUCAAGACCAGCAUGGAACGAAUAAAGGAGAAAGAUCUGCAGGACACAACUGAUAUGGGUGAGACAGGCGAACUCACUACAGGUACUCUGGGCCGAACGACAAGGUCGUUUGGAACCAGAACUAUGGGCCGAUCUGGACGCCUCAAUGAGCAAGAGGAGGAACUGCAGUAUGUGGAAUUCAUGAAGGAAGUGACUGAUGACGUCCUCAACAGAGGUGUGUUUACAAACAGGGUACUGAAGCAAGUUUUCCAAAACCACAUUGAGAAGCGGAAAGGACACUUAGAUGAGCAUAAAAUGAGAGGUGUUUUAGAUGAGAUCAGGAGGGACUUGGGUAUUCCACAUGAGUCUGACUCGGAUAUAAGUUCAUACACUGGGUCUCCAGAUAUUUCCUCAAGGCUUAAAUCUACAGGAUAUACUGGAAGAAGCAACAACAGCAUCGGAAUCUCUAAACCCUUUGAUAGGACCUUCAAUUCGACCAUGGAUUCUCAGAAUACUUAUGGCCUGCAGAGUAUGUCUGGGGAUUUAUUUAGCACUAUCAAUUCUGAGUUUGAUAGAGAAGAUAUGUCAAACACCCAGGCGCUGCAAAGCUACCAGCUUGAAAUGACUCGCAAAGAAGCAAUAGACGAGGCAAUCGAGGAAGGGGUCCCAGAGGCUGAUGAGGGCAAUGAAAAGCUUGAUGAAGGGAUAGAACAAGAUGCAGAAGGUACACUCCAGCAGCCCAGAGGAAGGUUGAUACAAGUCGGUUCUAGGGAUACUGAUCAAGAGUCAGUUCAUUCUUCGUCGUCAAAAUCUAGAGUUAGUAGAAGUAAAAAAGAUGUCCCACCUGUUGAGUCACAUCAGGAAGUAUUUGAUAAGGCCUCUGUCCAUUCUCAGGCGUCACGAUCUUGGCUCUCAGCAGCGUCACGAAGUAGACCCAGUAGCGUGGUAUCAGCGGGGGAGCAGGUAAGGGACAACAUUUCUGUACAUUCACAUGCCUCAAGGUUGAAAGCGACAUCUCCACAACCAAGACAGAAUGUGGACCAAUAUCAGGAUAUUGUGCAAUCACCCAAAAGUCGAUCACUGGUCUCGCGUGGAGAAGAGACAGAUGACACAUUAACACAUGACCAUUCACAACUACUGAGUGAAGGCGAGACUGAGGGGGCGUAUGGUGAGGAUGAGUUUGAGGAAAGUGAACCAGAUGACCAGCUGGGUACUGCCACACACAGAACAUCUGACGAUGACUUCUAACAAAAACUUGCUUAUUAAUGGCAACAGUAAGGAAUGCACUAUAUUUGAAAUUGCUCUGCAGCUUUUACAUGGAAAAGGAAAAAAAAAUUCUCAGUUGUUGUGGGAUAUAUGUAUUCCAAUCCUUUUAGAGGCAUGAUUAAAACCAAGCCCUUUCGCUCCAAUGUAUGUUUAUAUGAGAUGUGGAUUUGUAAAUUAGUAUCUGAUUGUAAUCAGGUUAUGCGAUAAUCUGAAAAAGAAGUUACAGUAAUUUCCAUUAAUUUUUGCUUUUUAGCUUAGCAUAUCAAGGAGAUCAAAACACGUUAUUUCUGAAAUGUAAUCCCCAAACCUGGUCAGCCAUGUUAAUCUUACCUCUACUGUAGAUAUGUUUAAUUUGGCAUGGUUCGAUUUUAGUGUGAUAACUACAGGGCAAAAGGCACUAAAAUGAAAAUACUGCUAAGAUAUAUCCAUUUACAGUAUUUGUUCUUUGUUCUACGUAAACACUCUAUAUAUUGUCUUUGAUAUUCGUGGAUGUUGCCAUAUUGAUGCAUCGUUUAUCUUGCUUUUUAAACUCGCAAUCGCUCACUUGUUCAUGAAUUAAACUUUGAUGCAUUGUAACUGCUUAAAAAAACCUCCCAUUUGCUCAUCGUUCGUCAAUCAAACAUCGAAAGUGUCUUAAAUGUUGUAUAUUCUCAAUAUUCUCUAUUGUCAUAUAAAAUACCUGUAGCUGGCUAUUGGUACUCUUGUUUAUGAACGCAGGAGAUGCCCAUUGACAUGUUUUCUAAUGCAUUUCUCUGGUGAUGAAUUCAACCUUUUUCUGGACUGUAUUACACUUUGAGUAAUGCUGGAUUUGAAUUUUCCCUUACCUGAAUGUUGUUGAAGGUCAAAAAGGGUUGUCUUAUGUCAUUUAUCUAAGAUGCUAAUUUUCAUAAUUUGUAAGGACACUGAGAAAUACACUUAGGAGAAAGGAUAAAUUUUGUCUGCAUUUCGUGAAGCAUGGCAAAUUGUGAGAUAAGUGUCUGUGAGUAAUGUGACAUGUUUUUGUCUGGUAACAAAGACAAACAUUACAUAUAAGGCUUGGAACAAAUUAUCUGUGAUUGAAGCUAUUUCCUGGCUCAUACACUACUGCUGAAAGGAACUAACCAUGAUGGAGAAAAGAAAAUGGAGGCAUUUUAUUUUUACAAAAUAUUUUGUUAUUUCAUGCAUUUUCAUCAAUAUUAACCAAAUAUUAUUUUUGUGUGAAUCCUGCCAACAAUAUUGAUGUAUGUGAAUUAGUUACCUGGUAUAUUUGUCUGUUGUUUUGUUUUUAGUUUUUCAUUUUCCCCUUAUCCGUCCUUAUUUGGCUGUUGCAAUAUAUCCUACAUCUAUACAUUUUUUUUUUUUUUUUAAUUUUAUUAAUUUUUUCCAAAAAAAUAUUUAGAGGAAAAGGGUGAAAAUAAGUUCACCUGUUGAUGAAGACCCACACAUUUUGUGUUUUGAUUUGUUACCCUAUAUCAUUAUAUAUUUGCAAUUCUUGAAAAAAAAAAAUAGUUUUACAUAUAGUAAUUUUUUUAUAUGUGUUGUCCUACUAAAUAUGUUUGCACUGUAGUACUAGUCACUAGAUGCUUACCAACCAGUUUGUUUCAAUGUACAUGGCUACACUGAAUCACAUUCUCUUGUGAUACAGUAUGAUUGAUUGGCAAUAUAUAUAUUUUACAUUUGCACUGAUACCAGUAUAUCAGUGUACCAUUUACAGAAUUACAAUGUAUAUUUCUCUUCGAGUAGUGUAAGUAAUUACAAAAAUUGUGAUUAAUUAGUAGCCUAGGUAAGUACUUACUUGUAGUGUCAUUUUCAAUGUUUCCAUAUAUUUUGUUAUUUUCAACCAUGAUAGUGUAACUAGAUAGUGAUAAUCUGUAGGAUGUUGAAUGAGAUGUUUUUAAUUUUCAUUAUUAACAACAUAAAAACAGGGUUUGUUUUAUAUAGAAAGAGAAAGUUAGAUUUUUAUUGACGAGAUGUUUGAAUUGAUAAACCCUUCUUUGAAAUGAAACAAGUUUAAUAAUAGUGGCCCAAAGACUGACUUUUUAAUGAAAAAACAAGGACAUACCUUUAUCAUGAGUGUGAGCAUUUCGAAUCUAUAUCAACAUUGCCAACAGACCCUCACCCAAAAAGGUCAUCCAGAAUUUGGUUAGUGUUUUUCGUACCGGUUUGUCAUGGACAAAGUGACAUAACAUGAACAAAGGGCCAUUACUCUGUGUAAGUGGGACAUGAAACCAGAUUUAUAUACUAGAACUAGCUGUGUGACACUGCCACCUCAAGAGAUACUCACAUGUAAAUUUUUGGAAAUAAAAUGACAACGAAAAUUUGAAGAACUGAUUGUCAGACAGACAGGACGAAUACCUGCAGUCAUUUCUGGUAGUAUCGUUGAAUAAAUUUAAUGUUAGAAACUUUCAUUACAAGUUUCAUAAGUAACAAAGUUUGUAUGGUGAAUAAAUGAGACAGAAGUCUCUCUAGACAUGACAAAGAGAAAUCUCAUCUUACUGUUAAUUUUGUUGUUAUCUCAUGUGAUAAAUGUUGUGUAUUUAGCUUUGUUUACAGAGCACUGUCCCACUGUUUUCAUGUCAUUAUCAUUUUGAAAUGUUUUGGUAGAUACAGGGUGAAUGAGUGUAAAUGAUAUUUUGUCCCAGGUGGUCUUGAAAUCUGUCUCGUGUAUAAUGCUCCAUCCAUUCUGUUGUAACCUUUUUACAUUUACAUAACAAUGAUGUGUUGCUUAUAAUGAAAGGGAGAUAAGCAGUUUUCACUCUAUUAUAAUUGUUUUUUUUUUCUUGCAAUACAAAAUUCAAGUCUGUGAUUUAAAAAAAAAACUUGUCAUUCUUGCAAUUUCAAAGCAAAAGUCCCAUUAUUU